AUGACCCAAAAGAAACCGGGACCUCAUGUGGUACGGUGGGGGGAGGUGACGCAGAUUCGGUCCCCCCCCGGGGUCGGGGAGUGGCGGCGCCCCCGCACCCCCCCCGGACAUCCGCCGCCCGCCGCCGCCAGGUCCCGGGGUGCACUGCAGCCCCACGGGACCCCCCCGGGGGGGGUUUGCCACGACAAACCCCCCACGGUGCCCCGGCCAGUCCCCCCAAGAUCGGACGGUCCCCCUUCCCCGGGGGCCCUCGGGGCCCGCCGCGCCGAGAAGCGGGCCCCCCGCCCCCGGGCCCCCCCCGGCGGCCCCCAGGCCCUCCCCCAAGGCGGAAACCCCCCCCACCGGGUCCGCCGAGGGGGCGGACCCCGCCGCCGGUUUCCCCGCGAGGACCCCCCGCCGCCGCUCCCCCAAAGAGGGACCCCCAGCCGCCCCUCCCCGCCCCAAGCGACCUCCCGCCCGGUUUUCCUCCGACGCGGCGGACCCCCGCCCCCGGUUUCCUCCGACGGGCGACCCCCAGCCGGGUUUUCCGCCCCGUGGCGACCCCCCCCCCGGUUUUCCGCCGACGGGCACCCCACCGGGCCCCGGACGGGCACCCCACGCCGGCUCCGCCGACAGGGGGCCCCCAGCGCGCUCGCCACCGAGCCCCAGCUGCUUUUGCCCCCCCCACCCCGGGCCGCGGGCCCCUUACGACUGCCGCCCCCGCGGAGCCCCCCGACCUGCCGCCGCGGGCCCCACCCCGGUUUUCCCCCGACAGGGGACCCCCCCGCCGGUUUUAGCCGCAGGGGACCCCCACCUGUAGAGCGGAUCCCUGAGGGGACUGAACUCCUCCCUGGGGCCGCCUCGGCCCUCAGCCGCGCCCCCAAAGCGGGUUCCCCGGGACCUCCCGACUCUGUUCAGAGGUCCAGCCUUUCUGACCCCCGGCUGGCACUCGGUGGCCCUGCCCCCCGGCCGACGGCCACCGUUUCUGGCCCUCGGUCGGAGGUCGGUGCCCCCGACCGCCGGCCGGUGUCUGGGCCUCUGUCCUUUCUAGGCACUGGCUCCCGGGGUUCCCCUGGAUCCCGGUUCCGGGGGUCCCCUGGGACUCAGUCCCCUGGCUUCCUCAGGUCCUGGCCUCAGUCCCAGGUCCUCAGGAACCCCGGCCCCCCGUGUCUUUGCUUGUCCUAG